AUGUAAAAAAAUGUUAACUUUCAUGAGAUGCUUCAAUAGGUAAUCAAACUUGAGAAUAUUAAUGAAGAGCUUGAAAAUCUAAAAAUAAUUGUAAGAAUUUUUGAACAAAUCCAAUUUAGUUUUCAGAAUUAAUAUCAAGCUCAUUAAAUGAUAAUUAGAAGCUUAAUAUAUAUUAUGAAAUCAAUUUAAUAUUAACAAGUUUAUUAGAGUAGACAAAUAGGUCAAUUGAAGAAAAAAUAGAAAUUAAGAAUUUAAUGAACAUUAUGAUGAAUAAUAUGGAAGUCUAAGAAUUUAUGUAUAGAAUUGCUGAUGAAGAAAGUAAUUAACACAUUUCAUAAUAUUUAGCUAAUUAAAUUUAAGAGGUUAGAAGUUUAAGUAUCAAUUAUAAAGCAUCAAGAAUUGGUAGAGCAUAUAUUACAUAAAGGGCUGAAUAACAAUAAUAAUAACAACAUACUGAAAAUAAGAUGCUUACUUUAAAUGUUGAUAUUUGUUAGGAAUAAUAGAUAUAAUUUUAUGAUAAUAAUAAUAAUUAUUCACAAUAAUCAAAAGAAGAAUAAUCCUUAAUUUAAUCUCCACCUUCUAAAAAGUAUAUUGAAAUAGCAUAAGAUGAAUUAUCAGAAUUAAUAAAUAGAAGUAAAUAUGAAUUUGAUUAAACAAAAAUUGAUUAAGUAAAUUUUUAUAUUAUUUUAGGCUUAUGAAUAUGCAAAAUUAGCUUAAGAUAAAUUUAAAUCAGAUAUUAAUUAUCAAUAACAUGCUGAGUAUGUAGAUUAAAUAAUUGUGUAAUAUAAUUAUUUGAUAGAUAAUGUUAAAGAAUUAGAUUCAGAUGGUUGGAUAUUUGAUGGUUAGAGUAAUGGAAUUUCUGUUAAGUAUAAAUUCCCAGAAAAUACUUCUACUGCAUCUAUGCUUAUGGAAACAAAGAUACCAGUUAAUGCAAUAAGAGUAUUGGCUUUAGUAAAUGAAAUGGAUUUAAAUUAUUUAUGGGUUCCUUUUUGUAAAAGAACUUAUGUUAAUAAAGUUUUGAAUAGAGCUUGUAAAGUUUGUACAUCAGAAAUGUAUUUUCCUUUGAUUCCAGAUAGAGAAUGUGUUUUUGUUGGAGAAGGUUAUGAUAGAUUAUCAGUUAAUGGAACAAUAACAUUAUUAUCGAGAUCAGUGGAUAGUGAUAAAGAAUUUUUAGAAAAGAAUGGAAUCUUUAUUCCAGAGAAAUCUAAAUUUAUUAGAAUGUAUAUCAAAUAUUAUAUAUUUGAAAUUACACCUAUAGAUAAGGAUUCAUGUUCCAUUAGAGCUUGCACAAAUGUAAAUCCUAAAAUUUCAAUGGUACCUAAUAGUGUUUUAGCUUAUAUUGGAAGAAAAGUAAAAUUAAUUUUUAUUAUAAUUAUUAGUUUGCUCAUAUUUUAAUAUAAAAAAUAGUAAAUUUUGCAAAAACAUUUGAAAAAUCUCCUUUUUAUCCUGUUUAUUUAGAACAUAUAGAAUUUUAUAAUUGGUUAGAAGAAAAGUUAAAAAACCAUCUUAAAUAUUGA